CUGACAUUUCGUGUUCAACAUGCCAAAUUUCCAGUAAAACUGCCCUUCCGAUGGAUCAAAGUACUAAAAUUCUUGACUUACCGUCCGCCAAACAUUUAGAGGCGCAUCACUGGACCGUCGAGGAGAAGAUCUUCAGAAGAAAAGCGCGCAUCCUGCAACAAAUCGCCACUUUAAACAUCCCAUUGAAAUCGGGGCUUCUGUACAAGUUGAAAAUGUCGAUUUUUGGGCCGUUUAUGAAGGAGAUGAACGCCCAGGAACAUCAAAAUCGCAUGUUCAACGAGAAUAAGUUGCAAAUCUUAAAAUGGCACUUGCAACGGUACAACCAGCACGAUACCGAUAUUGUGGCGCAGCGAAAUGGGUUUUUGAGGAACCAUUACGAUCUGCUCAAAACAGCCGUGGACAAAUGUGAGAUAAUCGAUCUGGGGUUUUUCAGAAACAAUCUGAAAUAUUUGCAGUUGGACUGCUGUUUUAUCAAAGAAAUGGACAACAGUCUGCAAAAGUUUGAGCAACUGCGAAUGCUGACUCUGUCUGGGAACUUUCUGAUGCAAGUGCCAGGGAUAAUGCUGCCCAGAAGUUUGGUUUUUCUGGAACUUUUUGACAAUUUGAUUGAGGAUUUGAGCGAGUUUCUCAGGCAUUUGCCCAAGAACUUGAGACAUCUCGGUCUCGGGAGGAAUCAACUGAAAGACGAUUGCCUCCGCCAUCUGCUGGGCGCAACGCAACAACUUUGCUGCUUGAAAUGCCUGGACCUGUCCGAUAACGAUAUGCAUGCCCUGAGCUCUACUUUGCACGCUCUUCAAAACUGCAGCAGUUUAACCGCGCUCUCCCUAGAGGGCAACCCAUGUUCUAUGCUGCCCAGCUAUAGAGCAAGCACAUUGAGGCUGCUGCCUCAUUUACUUAUUCUGGACGGCCGGAAAAUCCUGGAAACUGACCGCCAAAUCUAUGGUGAACCGAAAACCAACUGCCUCCCGCAACUGAUUUUCCAAUGCUUCAGGAUUAUGGGCCUGCCCGAGCCUCCAAAAGACAAAAAGAACGCGCAAACCAUCCAUGUAGAAGUGAAUUUUCCGUUACUGUCUGAAUGUGGGUCAGUUGAAGAAGCGGCCGCUAAUCAACCUCCAGUCCCCGAUGCGGAUGCAACAGGACCCGAGGAAAUACCCAAAAUAGCAGCAAAAAAUCCGAAGAAAAAAGGCAAUAAAAAGGACAAGAAAAAAUCGUAUUUCUCCGGAGAAAACGAGUAUGAUGAGCAGAAGGAAUUGCAGAACUGUUGGUUCAAAAGCGAGCCAGUUGCAUGGGCGAAAAUCAUGCAGUUUCCUGCCACACAAGUAGAAAACUUGCCAAAUAAAUCCAUGGAAAUUAGAGACACUUUUAGAAGCAUUGUACCUGUUCGUAUCGUCUACCUAAAGGUGGCACCACACUCGGUCAAAACCAAAAAACCAAAAGGCAAAAAAAAGAAAAAAGACAUAAAAGCUACUAAAGGCGAAACUGAAGAGCCAAAUGAAGAAGGAUCAGUGGGGAGCUGCAAGAAAACCGUGCUAAAAAAAGUGACAAUAGCAAGCUUUUAUUGUGAGCUGAAAAGUCUCAACUGGAGUGAUGAGACUGAAGAUUUCUACUGGGCGGACCACCCAGAUUUGGGAGAAAAGGCAAUCCGAGUGGAAGGGUCGUUAAAGGCUAUAGAUUAUGACUUGAAUGCUUCGACCAAGACCAGAAAAUUAGCUUCGGGAAGAACUGAAGCCGAAGGCUCACUUAAAGAGCAUCUGCCUAACGUGCUCACUUGUCAAGUUGGAUUCGGGGUAGCCAGAAUUUAAAAAAUAAUGCACCUUUAGCAUUCGGAAUGUAAAUCACUUGAACGUCAUUAAGCUUAAUGAGUGUACUUUCCAUAGAAAUAGAUAAUUAAGUAGG